AUGGCAAGAAUACUCGGGAAAGCAGUAUUAGAAGCUGAAGAUGCAGAAACCGUGCUUUUCGUCUACCGGUUUUGGGGUGAAAGGGUGUACUUCUUCUUUCUCAUCUCCUUCUUCCUCCUCCGCCGGCUCAUCGCCCCGACGGACACUGUCCGAUCCAUCGUCAACACCGCUCUCUUCCUCUACCUUCCUUUCUUCAUCUACCUACAGCUGGGAUACUUCAACAUCCUUCAUCUUUCCAAGACGGAGAAGGAGAAGGAGAAGGAGAAGGAGAAGGAGAAGGAGAAGAAAGGAGUAGUUGUUCGGAUGGUACAGUUGUUGUUUCCGGCCUCCAUGAGGACCGUCCAUGCGAUGGAAUUCAGGCUUGCAUUUGUGUUCCUGGUUUAUAUGGUCGUUGGCUUCACCGUCGGCAGCCUGGAGGCUCAACGAGGACGGUGGGUGCCGGAACCUGACGUCGUACUCGCUCUCGCCUUAUUUGCCGGCCUCUUCUUUGGCAUCAACAAAGGCAUCGGCUUUGCCCUGCGCCUCUACCAUCCUCGCAUGCAUUAUGAUCAGUAUGGUUGUGAUGAGGACGAUAACAAUGAUAAUGAUUGUAAUGACUAUUUGUUACACGACAAGAGAAGACAGCCUAAGUCAUGUCCUCAACGAUCCUAG